ACUAUUAAGAGCUGCGCCUUUUCUCAAUCGGGUGCCACAUCCGAGCUGGCGGGCUGGGGGUCAGGAGCGGAGUUGAAAAUGUCUCGCUCUAUGGCUCGAUCAACCUCUCUAUUUAUUCGGAAUAUCGGUGACAGCAUGCGUAGCGGCGACCUCCGUGACGCAUUCGGUCGAUACGGACCUCUCCUGGACGUUUAUAUUCCGCUGGACUUUUACACGCAGAAGCCCCGCGGUUUUGCUUACGUACAAUUCGAGAGUUUGCGAGAUGCAGAAGACGCAAUGGAAGCCAUGCACGGAGUCCGCCUUCAUGGAAGGGUGAUCGAAAUCGAAUUCGCGCAAGGCGAAAGAAAAACUCCUAAACAGAUGCGCGCACAAGAGGGUUCUCGAGGGCGUUGUCACUCCCGUUCACCUUUACGCCGACGAUCGAGAUCGCGAUUGAGGAGUCCGAUUCGUUCGUCACGUUACUCGCGCAGCCCGGUUUACAGACGGGACGACCGGGACCACCGUGACCAACAUCGGGAUCACCGCAGCGGGGCUGGCGAUUACGUCCGUGGCCGAGGCGUAGACUCAGACCGGGAUCGGGGCAGUGAAUUUGAUCGGGAGCGAGAACGAGAACGCGACAAUGCGCGUAGCCGCCGGCGACGGGAUUCGCGCGAGUAUCCCCGCUUCUGUGACGAGGAUGACGAGUACGGCACGGCUGACAACAGUCCCAGCCGUCGUUCAUGGUGCGUGACUGGAGGUGAGGCGCGGGAAGGCCAGCUGAGUGUUAGUUCUACGGGCAACCCGUCUGUUUCACCCCAGAAAGAAAGCGAAGUCGAGAUGGGCCUCGUUGAGGCGGAUCAGAGCACAGCUAGCGUCUGACGUUCGGAUGUUAAAGUCGGGGAUUUCAGAUUUGUGAUUUUUAUUGUGACGCUGUGUUUGUGGAAUUAAGGCCUACUGAUCAAAUAAUGCUCAAAGAGUGGUUCUAUAUGGUCCCGAAAAUGCAUAGUCUAUCAAAGAAAUGUUCGAAGUUCAAACAAGCGCAAAGGAACACUGGACGUACGUUAUUGAGGGAUGUGCUCAAUUUCUCAAUACGCAAUUUGUAAUAUAUUGUGCAGCCAAAGUGAACUGCACCCUGUAUGCUUGCUAACAUUAAAUAUAUAGUGUAUGGUGAUACUUCUUGUUGUAUUUUUUGGCAAAUGUAUUCUUCCGGUACAAAACACAAAAGCCGGUGAUUGGUAUUAAACAGAGUCACUUUCUGUUGUGCUAUAUUGUUACGGUAGAGCCAUCAAGCAUGUGGAGGACAAUGUUAAUAAUACCACUGCUUUUUUUUAUAUUUAACAUUCACUAAUAAUACUGCUUUAAGAGUUC